AUGGCGCAAGAACAACUGGCCAAACCUUCGGCCCCGACCACCAAGCCCAGUAAAACUGGGAACGCAGGCACCGAUAUUGCACAGCGACCAACAAUGCCAGAGCGUCGUGGGUCUUCGUUGCUAGAUUUCUUCUCCUCAUUCUUUGGCUCGAAGAACCCCCUCGCCCACGCUGCGGACCCACGCAAACACACCGUGUGGUUGCUGGAUAACACGGCCUAUCAGCCUGUCUUGGAUACACCGAAUCAAGACCACACCGCGCAAGCAUGGCAGGCGGAGUUUGUCGCAUGUAUCUUUGAGAAGGGGGGUCGCAAAGAUGUUGGUAAGCUUGUUGCUGCGAUCGCUGAUGAUAUCGGUAUCGAUGGGGAAUAUGGCUCGGAUGAUAAGGAGACACGCGAGCGUAUAGAGAAGCGUGUACAGCCUUUCCUGGACCAGGUUUCUCCCGCGCGAACGGUGAAGCUAGAGAUCACCAUAGAUCGAGCCAAACAGAUGCACCACCUAGGCGGUUCAGAUCGCAACGGCAUCAUCAGCCAGAUUGUCAACCUCGGCGCAUCUGGAGUGACCGAUGGCACGGUCAUCCACCCACGAGCCCACCACUUCGACGGGCCGAUGGCAAGGAUGGAAACACGAUUCGCUGCGCCCGAGGGCUGGAUGGUAAUCUCGGAUAUCGACGACACAAUCAAGCGGACCAUGACGCUCGAACCAACAGGUAUUCUUCGCACGACCUUCGCCGAGGAGCCCGUGCCUAUCACCGGCAUGCCGGAUUUCUAUCGGCAUAUACAAGACAAGUUGAAUCCGACGUGGUUCUAUCUCUCAGCCUCACCCUACAAUCUGUAUCCAUUCCUGCACCAGUUCCUACACGAGAAUUAUUGCCCGGGAACCUUGAUUCUGCGUGACUAUUCCUGGAUGGAUAUUAGCGGGCUGAUCAAGUCCUUGACUGAAAACACGCAAGAAUAUAAGGUUGAUCGGAUGGAGAAGAUCCAGAGUUGGUUCCCGCGACGUCGGGUGCUUUGUAUUGGGGAUUCGACGCAGAAGGAUCCCGAGGCAUAUGCGGAGAUGUACAAUCGUUAUCCGGGUUGGAUCCAUGCUAUCAUUAUUCGGAAGGUUACUGAUGUGGAACAUAUGGAGGAGAAGAACAAGCCCGAGCGGUUUGAGGAGGCAUUCAAGAAUGUCCCGGAUUCGGUGUGGACUGUCUUUGAGGACACGCAGGAGUUGUAUGCUUUUGUUGACGCGCUGGGAGUGGACGAUCGGGCCCUGUAG